GCAUCGCUCUACGUUUUGGACUGAAGGACCCUCUUAAGGAAAAACAAAAAAGCCCCGGCGAGAAAAGUUUCACCUCCGGCGGGCAUCAUGUAUAUGGAAAACAGGAUCCACUUGGAGCUAAGAAACAAGACACCGUCUGAAGUACGAGAACUCGUCCUCGACAACUGCCAAACGGUCCACGGAAAUACCGAAGGCCUCACAGAUGAGUUUGUCAACCUGGUUUUCCUCAGUUUGAUAAAUGUCGGCUUAUCAUCGAUCUCCAAUAUACCCAGACUAGAAAAACUCAAAAAGCUGGAGUUGAGCGACAACAAAAUCAGCGGCGGCCUGGAGGUCUUAGCGGAGCAACUCCCCAACCUCACACAUCUACAUCUGAGCGGCAACAAUUUGAAAGAGAUCAGCACGUUGGAACCACUGAAAAAGCUGAAACACCUGAAAAGUUUGGACCUGUUCAAGUGCAAAGUGACCUUCAUGAGCGACUACAAGGACAGCGUGUUCAAACUGCUGCCCCAGCUUACCUACCUGGACGGCUUUGACUGCAAGGACAAGGAGACUUCCGAUUCCGACGUAGAGGUGGACGGAGACGGCGUGGAUGACGACGACGACGAAGAGGACGAGGAAGACGAGGACGAUGACCUUGACGAGGAAGAUGACGAGGAAGAUGACGAGGAAGAGGUUGAGGGAGAAGAGGACGAUGAAGAGGUCAGCGGAGAAGAUGAGGAGGAAGACUAUGGACUGGAUGGGGAAGUAGAUGAUGAAGAAGAAGAUGAGGAGGAAGAGGAUGAAGACACGGCAACUGGCAAAGGUGAGAAGAGAAAGCGAGACCCAGACGACGAAGACGAGGACGACGACGAAGACGACGACGACGACGACGACUAGAAAGCAAGAGGAGCGAAUUUAGCGACUUCCUCCCCCCUCCUAGCAACCCGAACGUCCGACUUCCUCCAACUUGCAACCCCCCACCCCCCCUUCUCCCCUUGCACCCUCCCCCAUGCUCCAAGCUCUUUUUCUGGGCCAAGACUGUACUGGAUGGGUGGUUCGUGUGGACCAACCGCCACCAGCAACCCCCCCUCCCACCAAACAACUUUUUUUUACCUACCACCCCUUCCGCCUCUCCUCCAUGGACCUGAGAGCCCCCCAACAGCCCUGGGGUUCUCAGGCAGCCUUGCCACUCAGCAUUCCACAAUUUCACUGUCAAUCCCGCGUUAUGUAUCCCGUGUGAGGACUUUGGGACUGGUCUAGUUUUUGGGUCUGUGCUUUUAAUAUUUUGUUGACUGAAAUUUUUUUUUGUUUUUUUUGUUGGCUUUAUUAUUUCUCUUUCUUUUUGUGUUGUUUCCUUUCGCCCCCUCAACUACCACCCUCCCAAUAAAAUUAUUGCUAUAGCAGCUGUGCAGCCAGUGAGCCAUGCAGUUUUUGAUUAUUGGCAUGGGCACUUGUUGCACAAGUCAUGGUUGUAGCGACAUUUUUACUUUCUGUAUGACAAGACAACAACUUUGUAAAUAAAAUGUUAACAUUU